AUGAAAGUUAUUUUUCAUGAACCCGAUUCUGGCAGGCAAAUUAUAGCUCAAGCUGCUCGCAACCUUUGCAACAGUUCUGAUCUAGUAAAUUAUGGAAUAUUAGAGAAGGCGGUAACAGGUGCGAGGUUGCUCCGGGAUUCACGUGGUUCAAAUUCGGCCGCUAAUGCAGGCAACUUCCAGGCGAAGCUGAAGCCAAAGCUUGCUCUGGCUGAAAAUGGCCCUGCAUAA